UUCAAAUAUUUGUUUUGUCAGUUCCAGUUCCCGUUCUAAGAAAUUAUAUCUAUAUAAUCUAUAAACUUGUAAUGGUUUAGCUAUAGAAUUUGUUUUAGUAGUAAAUUCUUACAAAAUAAGAAUACGCGUUAUAAGACAAUUCAUACUCGAUUAAAUUCACAUUCUUAAACCAAAAUUUCUGUAAAAUGAUGGAGCCUGUUAACAUUUACAGAAAAUAAAGAAUAGGUAUAAACAAUGGUUAAAUUCGAUUGGUAGUUUAUUUCUUAACAACAAAAUAACUUAAAACAUUCAUAAUUUAGAAAUAUGUUAUUUUGAUAGUACUUAGUUUAAAUAAUAAUUAUAUUUGUUUCUCUAAAUUUUCUAAAUAUGUUAGAGAAAACUCUUAUUAACGGUCACAUUUUAUUUAACGUUAAACUGCAUUAAUUAAUAUGUUAUGUUCACUUGAAAAUACGUUUAGUUUGUGUUUUUGUGUUUAAUCUCUUAUAAAUAUGAGACAAAAUUUCAUUCUAAAAUACCAGAUACAAACAUUUUAAUAUAUUAUAUUAAUAACAUUUGCCACUUAUUUUGAAAGUAUUGGCAAAAUGGCUCACACUUCCUCCCGAACUACUAUCGUAUUCAUUGUUGUUGCUUUGGUUUGUGCAUUCGUUCCUGCAUUCUCUGUAGAAGAAGCUGAAGCAAAAUCACUAUGGGAUACAUGUCUUCUUAAAAUCAGUCCAAAAUGUGCGUUGGAUAUAAUUGGUGUUGUCUUUGAAAAUUUAACCAUCACUGAUGCAUGCUGUCAUGAUCUUGUUCAAGAAGGAAAAAUGUGUCACGAUACUCUUAUCAAAUAUAUUGCUGAGAAGCCACACUUAGUUGCCCACGAAACAGAGUAUUUGACGAAAAGUGAUGCUUUGUGGACUCAUUGUGUCUCAAUUUCGCAAACUGCUUAAUAAUAUUAUAUGCAUGUAUUGUUCUGAUUAACAAAAAUUGUAUUCAACUAUCCUUAAAUUUUCUUUGAUCAAAAAUCGUGGAUCAAACAACAUGCAAUAUAAAACGAACAUCAAGUGAAUCUCAUUCUAAAUGAAUCAAUACAAAUAUUAACUCAGCUGAAAAACAAUGCGCUAUCCAUACAAGAUUGUUAAACUAAUAACAAAACAUAUAUGAAUAAUUUCAAAAAAUAUUGCUUAAUUAGUUUGAUUUAGCGUAUCUUUAAUUUUAAAAUUUAAUUUUCAUCUAAGAUGUCAAUCAUUAUUUUUACAUACUGAAAAAUAUCUUGAUAAUUUAAAACAAGAAUCUAAAAAAACAUCUAAUGUUUCCCAUUUGAAACCUUAGAGUUUAAUAGUACAUGCUAAAAUAAUGACUUGGGAAAAACAAAAUUUUGGAUGCUCAUGUUGUCGACGAUUUUGUAAAUACGAUCAUUUAUAAAGAAAAUAAUGAGACUGGAUGUAAUCACGCAAAAUAACAAUAUCCUAUGACUUGUAAGUAGAUAAUAACUUAUGCCAAUGGUAUUAGGAUUGAGGGUAUGGAUUUGAGUUUUAGAUCGAUCACAAAAGUUUUGGAAACAAAAUUGCGCACAUUUUUUAUUUCAUUUUUUACAAUUUUUAGAUUUGGCUUCAAAAUUUUUAACAGAUUACAACCUUUUUGUAGUUUAUUUCUUAACAACAAAAUAACUUAAAACAUCUAUAAUUUAGAAAUAUGUUAUUUUGAUAGUAUUUAGGUUAAAUAAUAAAUAUAUUUUUUCUCAAAAUUUUCUAAAUAUGUUAAAGAAAACUCUUAUUAAUGGUCACAUUUUAUUUAACGUUAAACUGCAUUAAUUAAUUUGUUAUGUUCACUUGAAAAUACGUUUAGUCUGUGCUUGAGUGUUUAAUCUCUUAUAAAUAUGAGACAAAAUUUCAUUCUAAAAUACCAUAUACAAACAUUUUAAUAUAUUAUAUUAAUAACAUUUGCCACUUAUUUUGAAAGCAUUGGCAAAAUGGCUCACACUUCCUCCCAAACUACUAUCGUAUUCAUUGUUGUUGCUUUGGUUUGUGCAUUCGUUCCUGCAUUCUCUGUUGAAGAAGCUGAAGCAAAAUCACUAUGGGAUACAUGUCUUCUUAAAAUCAGUCCAAAAUGUGCGUUGGAUAUAAUUGGUGUUGUCUUUGAAAAUUUAACCAUCACUGAUGCAUGCUGUCAUGAUCUUGUUAAAGAAGGAAAAAUGUGUCACGAUACUCUUAUCAAAUAUAUUGCUGACAAGCCACACUUAGUUGCCCACGAAACAGAGUAUUUGACGAAAAGUGAUGCUUUGUGGACUCAUUGUGUCUCAAUUUCGCAAACUGCUUAAUAAUAUAUUAUGCAUGUAUUGUUCUGAUUAACAAAAAUUGUAUUCAACUAUCCUUAAAUUUUCUUUGAUAAAAAAUCAUGGAUCAAACAACAUGCAAUAUAAAACGAACAUCAAGUAAAUCUCAUUCUAAAUGAAUCAAUACAAAUAUUAACUCAGCUGAAAAACAAUGCACUAUCCAUACAAGAUUGUUAAACUAAUAACAAAACAUAUAUGAAUAAUUUCAAAAAAUAUUGCUUAAUUAGUUUGAUUUAACGUAUCUUUAAUUUUAAAAUUUAAUUUUCAUCUAAGAUGUCAAUCAUUAUUUUUACAUACUGAAAAAUAUCUUGAUAAUUUAAAACAAGAAUCUAAAAAAACAUCUAAUGUUUCCCAUUUGAAACCUUAGAG